CACGCGCCCUCCCAUCAUGCUUUAAGUGCGCUCGCGGGCGGGUUCUCAGUCGCUUGAGCGGAGGCCAGUGGGUGGACAGAUCUGCAGCCUGCGGCGACUGAAGCAGUCCGAAGAGGACCAGGUAGAGAAAGGGGUCGUCAGUGCACCAUCGCCCGCCAUGAAGCCCCCCGCAGUCUGUGCAGGAGACAGCCCUGACGUGGCGCCCCCGUGCUCCGGGGUGAACUACCUGAGAUGGGACCUGAGCGCGCAGCAGAUAGGGGAACUCACUGUGCAGCUCAUCGAGCAGACCAAGCGUGUGUACGACCAGGUGGGCUCCCAGAAGUUUGAGGACGUGUCCUAUGAGAAUACACUGAAGGCGCUGGCCGAUGUGGAGGUGUCAUACACAGUCCAGAGGAACAUCCUUGACUUCCCCCAGCACGUUUCUCCAUCCAAGGACAUCCGGGCGGCCAGCACAGAGGCAGACAAGAAGCUGUCUGAGUUUGACGUGGAGAUGAGCAUGCGUCAGGACGUGUACCAGAGGAUCGUUUGGCUGCAGGAAAAAAUUCCGAAGGAUUCCCUGAGGCCAGAGGCGACGCGGUAUUUGGAGCGGUUGAUCAAGCUUGGCCGACGGAAUGGGCUCCACCUGCCUGAAGAAACCCAAGAGAAAAUCAAGAGCAUCAAGAAGAAGCUGAGUCUCCUGUGUAUCGACUUCAACAAGAACCUGAAUGAAGAUGCUACUUUCCUGCCCUUCACGCGGGAGGAGCUGGGGGGCCUCCCUGAGGACUUUCUGAACUCACUAGAAAAGACCGAGGAUGAGAAGCUGAAGGUCACCCUCAAGUACCCUCAUUACUUCCCCCUCCUGAAGAAAUGCCACGUGCCCGAGACCAGAAGGAAGGUGGAGGAGGCCUUCAACUGUCGGUGCAAGGAGGAGAACUGUACGAUCCUCAGCGAGCUCGUGACGCUCCGGGCGCAGAAGUCCAGCCUGCUGGGGUUCCACACGCACGCUGACUACGUCUUGGAGAUGAACAUGGCCAAGACCAGCCAGGUGGUGGCCACGUUCCUAGACGAGCUGGCCAAGAAACUGAAGCCCCUGGGAGAGCAGGAGCGGGCGGUGAUCCUGGAGCUGAAGAAGGCCGAGUGUGAGCAGCGGGGCCUGGCCUUCGAUGGGCGGGUCAACGCCUGGGACAUGCGAUACUACAUGAACCAGGUGGAGGAGACGCGCUACAGCGUGGACCAGAACCUGCUCAAGGAGUACUUCCCCAUGGAGGUGGUCACCCGGGGGCUGCUGGGCAUCUACCAGGAGCUGCUGGGGCUGACCUUUGACCUGGAGCCGGGGGCCACCGCGUGGCACGACGAUGUGCGGCUCUACUCAGUGCGGGACGCGGCCUCGGGGAAGGUCAUCGGGAAGUUCUACCUGGACCUCUACCCGAGGGAGGGGAAAUAUGGCCACGCUGCCUGCUUCGGCCUGCAGCCCGGCUGCCUGCGGCAGGACGGGAGCCGCCAGAUCGCCAUCGCCGCCAUGGUGGCCAACUUCACCAAGCCCACCGCGGACGCCCCCUCCCUGCUGCAGCACGACGAGGUGGAGACCUACUUCCACGAGUUCGGGCAUGUGAUGCACCAGCUCUGCUCGCAGGCCGAGUUCGCCAUGUUCAGUGGGACGCACGUGGAGCGGGACUUUGUGGAGGCCCCAUCGCAGAUGCUGGAGAACUGGGUGUGGGAGAAGGAGCCGCUGCUGCGUAUGUCCCAGCACUACAGGACGGGCAGCGCCAUCCCCCAGGACUUGCUGGACAAGCUCAUCAAGUCCCGCCAGGCCAACACAGGUCUCUUUAACCUGCGCCAGAUUGUCCUGGCCAAGGUGGACCAGGCCCUGCACACGCAGACGGCUGCAGACCCGGCGGAGGAGUAUGCCAGCCUCUGCCAGGAGAUCCUAGGGGUCCCGGCCACACCAGGGACCAACAUGCCCGCGACCUUCGGCCACCUGGCGGGUGGCUAUGACGCCCAGUACUACGGCUACCUGUGGAGCGAGGUGUACUCCAUGGACAUGUUCCACACGCGCUUCAAGCAGGAGGGGGUCCUGAAUGGCAAGGUCGGCAUGGAUUACAGAAGCUGCAUCCUGAGACCCGGUGGCUCCGAGGACGCCAGUGUCAUGUUGAAGCUCUUCCUGGGCCGAGACCCCAAGCAGGACGCCUUUCUCCUCAGCAAAGGGCUGCAGGUGGAGGGCAGCGAGCCCCAGGCCUGCUGACCGUGCUUGGCCAGGUGUCCUUUCGGAACAGGCUCAGCCCUGCCGCCCUGGUGCCUUACCCGCCGGCCAGGACUGGGCGGCGCCAGCAGUGGAGUGGGGGGGCCCUAUGCCUCACCCUCUUCACUUCUCACCCGGUCUCUGAAGUCCCCCACUUGGUGGCCGACCGGGUGGAUGUAGUCUUACCUUGAGGUGUCUGGAGAGUUCUGCUGUCCUCCAGGACCUCGUCUCUGUUGCACUAACAGCCCUUCCUGGGAGGUUUUCCUAGUUGAGAGACAGUCUUUGAAAUGCAGCCAUUAAAAAUCAGAAAAGACAGCCUCCCUGGCCCUUCUGC